CGGAAACUCAGAACUGCUCUGACGUCAACAUCAGCGCUGUUUUCAUCCACGGGGUCCCCGUCUGUGAGUACCGCAAGUGGGGCAGUAACUGUAACAAAGUUUGCGCCUGUCCGUGCGAGGUCAAAGAGUGCCACCCCAUUUCCGGUGAAUGCGACAUGCCAGGUUUUAGCUGCCCUUCUGGGAAACACGGCCCGUCUUGCCAGAAAAACUGCUCGCAGUCUUGUUCCGGAGACCCACGUGACUGCCACGUCAUUUCCGCUGUUUGUAAACAAUGCCCGGACCUGAACCACACCGGCGUGAACUGUGAAACGGAGUUGUCGCCAGUGGAACUCGAACUCCGGUCCACGGCGUGUGAGGAUUUUACAGGCGGUUUUGGCCAGGUACGUGUCAGUAACAGACGACAUGACAGGCGGACGGCGCGAGACGCCAAGCUGCCGGACGGGAACGACAACCAGCGCCACGGCACCACCAACUACAUGUUCAUCGUGGCAGUCGUUGUUGUGGUCGUCGCCUUUCUCUUCGCGUGCAGCAUCUACGUCAUGAUCAUACGUCACUGCAUCCGGGAGAAGCGGAAGAAGCUGGUGGAGAUAGAGAAGGAGAGGAUUAGGAGGAUCAGCAUGAUGUCAUACACAGAACUGCAGGGGGAGUAUGAUGAAAGGGCAGCUAACUGGGACGUGCACAGUCUGGGCGCCAAUAGGGACAAGAGCCACAGUGGGCCAUCAGAGAGGAGCCGUCACAGCUCCGUCAAGUCGGAGAAGGUCAAGCAGGCCACCACAUUCCACUUUUAGCUGGGGGUAAAUCCACAAUCCACUUUUAGCUGGGGGUAAAUCCACAAUCCACUUUUAGCUGGGGGUAAAUCCAAAAUCCACUUUUAGCUGGGGGUAAAUCCAAAAUCCACUUUUAGCUGGGGGUAAAUCCACAAUCCACUUUUAGCUGGGGUAAAUCCACAAUCCACUUUUAGCUGGGGGUAAAUCCACAAUCCACUUUUAGCUGGGGGUAAAUCCACAAUCCACAAUCCACUUUUAUCAUUUUGUAUCCGGUGUUAAAUCCUCCUAAUAGCUGAUACUAAUCCUAGAUCACUCUCCACUGGUUGGUAAAUCCCUACAAUUGAUUACAUAGAGAAUUAAACCACCACUGACCACUCAUUAGAGAAAAUCACCCAAGGGUCAGACAAUAAGGCAUACAAAAACCACCGACCACUUAGAAAAAUGGUGACACCACCACAUUUCACACCGGACUGUCUAAAACUGACAUCGGCUGAAGUUCAGAUGACAUUGUCAUGAGACUGACAUUAGAUGUCAAGACAUAUAGGGCCACUUAUAAGAUAUACAUUGACCGUUAUUUCUACUGACUAAUUAUAAUUAUAGAUUAGACGUUUUAAUGUAUUUAGUUCUAUUGGUAAAUUGAAAUUGGCAUUUUUUGUAUGAUUGUUAAAAUUACGACUCCGUUGGUUAAAAUUUACACAAUUUAAUUUUCUGGUU